AGUGCUGAAUUUAGAGAAAAAAACUGCUUCUGCAAGGGGAUCUUUUCCACUCAUUAGACUACAAAAAAAAUUAUUGAUUAUUUACCGUUCAAUUUUUGCCAGUUUAUAGUUGAAUAUUAUGAUAUUUGAAGGAAGUCAGAGAUAAUUGGUAUAAAAAUGUACUUUCUGUAAAGCAGUUCACUGUCCGCAGCAACCAAAUUUAGAGCAAUGAAGUAUACGUUUCGUAUAGAAAACUUAUCAACAUACAAAGCCAAAAUCGACCGUGAAAAGUGUAAAAGCAGCCAAUCGUGAAGCAGAACAACGAAUAUACAUUGAUUCAAUCAGUCCAGAAUCAUAUGGCAAAAAAUCUCUAAGGUCGAAAGGGUCGAACAAUCUGAACGGUGUCAUUGUUUUCAUAGUAAAACAGUGCUUUGGUCUGUAAGCGAGAGCAAUGAACGUCGAGUUUAAUCGACUUCGCACCUACGACAGAUGGGAAGAUGCAGAAUGGACUAUGGACAAUCCUUUUGAUGUGUUGGCUAGUGCUGGAUUUUAUGCAACCAAUCAGUUCCUGGAGGUGAAAUGCAACUUUUGUGGGGUUGUAGUGUUCAUUGGGAAUUCGGCAAUUAACAUUGUCGACAAACACCGUGAGCUGAGCCCAAAUUGCGACUUCCUGUUGCAUCCUGAUCGCACGGAUAACGUGAAAUGCUUCGACGCUAACGAACUCAAGCGAGAAGAAUGCCGUCUGGCAACCUUCGCAACCUGGCCAGUCGCUCAUAUCAGUCCUAGCUCGCUGGCCAGAGCUGGACUCUACUACACGUACAAUUCCGACCAGGUGAAGUGUGCUUGGUGUGAGGGAGUCAUUGGUCAAUGGGAAGUUGGCGACGAACCUUUCAGAGAGCAUCAGAAAUUUUUUCCAAAUUGUCCAAAAGUAAUGUCCAACAGUAUCAGUUCCAAUCCUGCAUUAGAUAGCAGCAUCGGAAUACAACCAGUUAAGACUCCCCACGCUCCGCAGUUUAGUUCGUUGGAUUCGAGAGUGCGAACGUUUGAAAAUUGGACAACGGGUCACAUUCAGAACCCGGAACGUUUGGCUCAAGCUGGAUUCUACUAUCUAGGAAGAGCUGAUGAGGUUCAUUGUUUCUAUUGUGAUGGAGGGUUACGCUUCUGGUUGGCAGAUGAUGAUCCAUGGUAUGAACACGCUAGAUGCUUUCCCAAGUGUCAAUUCGUACAGUUGGUAAAAGGACAAUUGUUCAUUGAAAAUGUUCAAAGUCAGAUUAAAAAUAGCAGCAGUCAAGGCCAACAACAGCAGAUGCAAAUAGGAGCUCAUACGACGAUCCCAAUGACUCUGGAAGAAGCACUUGGAACAGAACCUGUUCAGUUGGCAUUAUCUAUGGGACUAAAUGCGGGUCGUAUUCGAGCCGUUACAAAAAGGCACUUGGAGACUACCGGCCAACCGUUUUUGGAAUCCCAGGCCCUAAUCGAAGCGGUCCUCGAUGGUCAAAUACAAGAUGAAGAAUUGGAACCGACCAGCUCAUCAAGAAUGGAUCGUCGCAUCGAAACUGAAGUUUCUCGUUUGCUCUGGUCGGCAAUAUCUUCUUCUGCUGCACCCAAUCUGUCAUCCUUCAGCUCUACAUUCUCGACACCAUCGCCUUCGUCGGAUUCAGCACAAGGUUCUAGCGCUGCAUCGGAUGAACCCCGAAUCAUUGGAACUAGUUCUGCGAUAGAAAUUCCUACCUCUAGAAUAGUCAACUCGGCUGCAACAGCAAACUGCAAAACCGUACCUGAAUCGUUGGCUCAGAUGGCCAUGACAGCCAGUUCUAUGUCCGAGCCAGAAGGCAUAGAGGAUGCAAAAACCCUCAGGUUGGAAGAAGAGAACAAACGAUUAAAGGAUGCACGUGAAUGCAAAAUUUGCAUGGCAGACGAAGUGGGUGUAGUGUUUUGUCCUUGUGGUCAUCUAGUUUCUUGCGUUCAAUGCGCCCCAGCGGUUACAAAUUGCCCUGUUUGUCGUGCCGUCAUCAAGGCACGAGUACGUACUUUCCUAUCGUAAGCUGACGAAGACACGUGUGCACUUUUUUGGAUAAAGGGUAACAAUGCUGGAUAUGAUGCACAAAAUAAACUAAUCACAGGCUUGUUACCUAUAAGGUACCCAAUAGAUGUACAAUCAAUACUGAGCAGCGAUACACUACAACUGCACUAUUGUUAAGUAAAUUUUUGCCCAGUCAAAUUGUUUGAAUCAUCACAUUCAUUUGCGUAAGUAGCAGGAUAACCAACGGAUUAUUCGAGUGAUAGCGGGCAAAAACUCGGUUCACGAUUAUCAUCAGUGAAUAUUUUUAGUUAGUAGGAGAUGACAAUGUAGAAAUUCCAUUUAACAAGUUUUAUUGAGAAACAGCAGGUCUAUUGAUAACGUAGGUGAUACAGUGUAGUGUAUUUUAUGUUCCGAUAGCGUGGUGUGAUCUACGAAAAAUAUAACGACGGACAUCGUGUUGUUCAACUGAGCUGUCUACAUAGUAUUAAUGUUAAUUGAUUAAUUGCAAAUAUAAUACACCAUUGCAAAAAUAAA